UGAAGAUAACAAAACAGAAGAAAAAGAUUUGUUUACCUACUGAGGCCCUAGGCCGUCAAUAUUGUGCGAAAUUAAUAAAUAAGGAAAAAUAAAAAUUCAACCCCUCUAACAACAGUGAAGAGUGAAUAAUGUGUUUUGAUUUCCAAAAUGUUAAAGUGUUUUUAUGGAUUUUAAUUUUUAAAGUAAUACUCAUACAGUCGAAAACGUCAUUGUGGAAAUUAAAUAUUGAUAAAACGAAAAUUAUCAAAGUUACCAAAUUUCCAUCUAUAAUUUCGUAUUCCGAUAAUCAGCCAAUUUUUCAUUCAGGGGAUCCUUUGUUUGAUAUUAUUUUAUCCACUGAACAUUAUGGUGAGACAUGGGUCAAGCAACCUAUUCAGUAUUAUUGUUCAGAUUGUAAAAACAGAAGAAAUGGAACAAACCCGAACUCAUACCAAAAGUAUCAAACAGCUGAUGAGGUUUUAGACUGUGGGAAACCUGUAAAUUUUACAUAUUUUGACAAUUUAGUAGGUGUUGUAAACAGAAACAAACAUCCCACAGUCCCUGAACCGCAGGCAAUUUUAUGUUUUACUAAGAAUUAUGGGAACUACAAGAGUGAAAUGGAAGAGUUUGAUAUUGAUGCUCUUGAAAAAAGACUGAAAAAAGCCAAAAAGGAGAAGCCGAGGUCUAUUCAAUUAUACAACCAGAUCGGAAAUUUUUGGCGUAUUAAAGGAGACGCCAACAAGGCUAUCGAAUGCUUCCGUAGAGCUCUUGCAGUAUCGCCUCAUAAUGCAGAAGUUCUGCUCAAUCUGGCGAGGAUACUGUUCUCUUUACAAUAUUUAGAUGAUGCCAUCUAUCUAACCAGAAGGUCGCUAGAAGUUCAGCCACCAGAUAAAGGUGCCUGGCAACAAUAUUUUACGCUUGGAGAAAUUUUUAAAGCUUAUGGUCAUUAUCAAGAGGCUUCCAUACACUUAAGGCACACAUUAGAGCUCAAUCCAGAUUUUGAACCUGCUCAGAUAGCUCUGAAAGAGAUGGAGACUAUGCCUGCUGCCACAAUCCACAUUUAUACUCUUGUGAUCAUUGUCUGUUUGGUGCUGGGCGUUUUGUUGGUUAUAUUAUCGUCAGUUGAUAACAUAGUAGACUUCACCGAAGAGAUGAAACCUCAAAGACAUUUCAACAAAGCGAUGGCGAUGAGGUCUCUCAGAGGAAUCACCUUGACGGCGAAACGAAUUAAAAGACCUUCUAUAUAGCAAUAAGAUCUGAUCCGACGAUAUCUUUUAUGUGUACUUUAACGUGUGUUCGACUUAUUCCAGUACCUGCCCUAUAUUUUGUUUUAUUUAUAAGUUUUAACUUAGUUAAUUAAAUUAUUCUGAAGAGAU